UUGCCUUUCUUUAGGACUCCUGAGCAGUGUCCGAGCGUGGUUUCUUUGCUGUCAGAGAGCUACAAUCCCCAUGUGCGUUAUGGGGCUGCCAUGGCUUUGGGUAUCUGCUGUGCGGGCACUGGAAACAAGGAAGCAAUUAAUUUGCUUGAGCCAAUGACAAAUGAUCCUGUGAACUAUGUACGUCAAGGAGCUCUGAUUGCAUCUGCCCUUAUCAUGAUCCAGCAGACUGAGAUUACCUGCCCAAAGGUCAGCCAGUUCAGACAGCUGUAUUCCAAAGUGAUCAAUGAUAAGCACGAUGAUGUUAUGGCAAAGUUUGGAGCAAUCCUGGCACAAGGCAUUUUGGAUGCAGGGGGCCAUAACGUAACUAUUUCACUGCAGUCGAGGACGGGACAUACUCACAUGCCUUCCGUGGUGGGGGUUCUGGUCUUCACCCAGUUCUGGUUCUGGUUCCCCUUGUCACACUUCUUGUCGCUGGCUUUCACCCCAACCUGUGUCAUUGGCCUUAACAAGGAUCUUAAGAUGCCAAAAGUCCAGUACAAGUCCAACUGUAAGCCGUCCACAUUUGCCUACCCCCCACCUCUUGAGGUACCAAAGGAAAAGGAGAAAGAAAAGGUUUCCACUGCCGUGCUGUCCAUCACUGCAAAAGCCAAGAAGAAGGAGAAGGAGAAGGAGAAAGAGAAGAAGGAAGAGGAGAAGAUGGAAGUGGAUGAGACUGAAAAGAAGGAUGAAAAAGAAAAGAAAAAGGAGCCUGAACCCAACUUCCAGCUUCUGGACAACCCGGCCAGAGUCAUGCCCGCUCAGCUCAAAGUUCUCACUAUGACAGAGAGCUGCCGGUACCAGCCUUUCAAACCACUCUCCAUUGGAGGCAUCAUCAUUCUGAAGGACACCAGUGAGGAUAUGGAGGAGCUGGUUGAACCCGUGGCAGCUCACGGUCCAAAGAUCGAGGAAGAGGAGCAGGAACCUGAACCACCAGAGCCCUUUGAGUACAUUGAUGAUUAAGACCUGAGGAUCGUGUCCUCUAAAGAAGACAUUAUGCUUGAUAUCAGAAAGACAGAUGUGACGACCUUCCUAUCGAGAUCUGCUGUUCAGUGCAUGCAGCCCCAACCUGUGCUGAGCUAAAGCUGAUAGUCCGUGUUUUAUGGCUGAAGAACAGAUAUAUGCUAUUUAGUGUACUCUUUCACAAAACCUUGUUUUCAAAUAAAUAUAUUAAAAACU